UCCUAUGCGUACAGUAGCAAUAACCAUCCUCAGCUCUUCUCUAACCUCCACCGAAGUCCGAUCCCAGCCAUCUCUCCCUCUCUCUCUCUCUCUCUCUCUCGCAAAGCUUCAGAUCCAGCUUCCAUGGCGGCACCAGACCUGUUGUUCGGCCUGAGGAACAACUUCUACUUGGGCGCAUAUCAAGCGGCCAUCAACAACAGCGAUGUUCCUAACCUCUCCCCAGAAGACGCCAUCGAGAGGGACUGUCUCGUUUACAGAUCUUACAUUGCCCUCGGUAGCUACCAGCUUGUAAUCAACGAGAUCGAUUCCUCGGCCGCCACGCCUCUCCAAGCCGUGAAAUUGCUCGCUUUGUAUCUUACGAGUUCCAGUAACCAGGAAACUACAAUUUCGAGUAUCCACGAGUGGUUGGCAGAUCCAGCCAUUGGAAACAAUCCAAUCUUACGUCUUAUUGCUGGGAUUAUUUUCCUGCAUGAACAGGACUAUAAUGAAGCUUUGAAACACACUAAUGUUGGAGGAACCAUGGAGCUGCAUGCAUUGAAUGUCCAAAUAUUCCUUAAGAUGCAUAGAUCAGAUUAUGCAGAAAAACAGUUGAGGAUCAUGCAACAGAUUGAUGAGGACCAUACACUAACUCAACUUGCAAGUGCAUGGCUAAACUUGGCUGUGGGUGGAUCCAAGAUACAAGAAGCGUAUCUCAUUUUCCAAGAUUUUUCUGAGAAGUAUCAGAUGACUAGUUUGAUCCUGAAUGGAAAGGCCGUGUGCUGCAUGCAUAUGGGAAAUUUUGAUGAAGCUGAGUCACUGUUACUUGAAGCACUGAACAAGGAUGCGAAGGAUCCUGAAACACUGGCUAAUCUGAUCGUAUGCAGUCUUCACCUUGGGAAACCGUCUUCACGAUUCUUGAACCAGCUGAAAUUGUCACAUCCAGACCACAUGCUCGUCAAACGUGCAUCGUCUGCUGAAGAGAGUUUUGACAGAGCAGUCCAAACAAUUGCUUGAAGAAAGUAUGGGACUAAAAUCCAAGAGGCAACUGAUUUUUUUGUCAACUCUCAGUCCGUUUCACAUGUUUUUAUGCUUGAUAUCUGUUUUUGUAGCCUAUAAGACCAAUACUCGAAUCCUAUGAGAAAAAUAAUCUUCGGUGAAAAUAUUUGAAUCUGAAAUUACAUAGUUGGGAUUUGUUUCUUAUUUCUC